CGGGAGGGGCGGUGUCACCGCGGUCCGUCACUGUGAAGUUUGUCUAAAGACACCGUUCACAGGUGUGCGCUCCUUUUCCGACCACACGAGCCGUCUGUCCCGUUUCCUGGUCUCCGCUGUCCGUCUCCGCUGUCUGUCCUCGCUGUGUGUCUCCGCUGUGUGUCCCCGCUGUCCGUCAGAUUCUGAGGCCAAGCAGCCGCAGGACACCAACGAGACAGAGAAGGGGAAAACUAAAGCAGCCUCCGACCCCGCUUCACCUCAGAAGCAGCCGGAGCAGCUUCCAGCCGCUGUGGGACACAGCACUCCUGCCAGGAAAGAACAGGAGCCGCAGGACGACGACCAGGAAUCCCACAGGUCGUCCAUCAGUCAUCUGUCCAAGUCUCCUUUAAGAGGAGUGAAGAAGGUGAAGAUCAUGCAGUGUAAAGUCACCCUGCUGGACGGCUCCGACUACACACUCGAUGUGGAGAAACGAGCCAAGGGACAAAUGCUCUUUGAUAAAAUGUGUGAUCACCUCAAUCUACUGGAGAAAGACUACUUUGGAAUCACAUACAAAGAUGUAGAUAACCAGAAGAACUGGCUGGACCCUUCCAAGGAGCUGAAGAAGCAGAUUAGGACUGGUCCCUGGAACUUUGCAUUCAACGUAAAGUUUUACCCUCCAGACCCCACCCAGCUGGCCGAGGAUAUCACAAGGUACUACCUGUGCCUGCAGCUCAGAGAUGAUGUGGUGUCUGGUCGCCUGCCCUGCUCCUUUGCCACCCACACUGUGCUGGGCUCCUACACAGUGCAGUCUGAACUGGGAGACUAUGACCCUGAAGAACUGGCCAGCGAUUACAUCAGCGAACUGCGCUUUGCACCCAACCAAACCAAAGAGCUGGAGGAGAAGGUCAUGGAACUCCACAAGACCUACAAGGGGAUGACACCAGCUGAAGCAGAGAUGCACUUCCUGGAAAAUGCUAAGAAGCUAUCCAUGUACGGUGUGGACCUGCACCACGCCAAGGACUCUGAAGGUGUGGAGAUCAUGCUGGGGGUUUGUGCAAGUGGCCUCCUCAUCUACAGGGACAGGCUGCGCAUCAACAGGUUCGCCUGGCCCAAAAUCCUCAAGAUCUCCUACAAGAGGAACAACUUCUACAUCAAAAUCCGGCCUGGCGAGUUUGAGCAGUUUGAAAGCACUAUCGGUUUCAAACUGCCAAAUCACCGCGCUGCCAAACGGCUGUGGAAGGUCUGCGUUGAACACCACACCUUUUUCAGGCUCGUGUCCCCUGAGGCUCCUCCAAAGAAGUUCCUGACCCUCGGUUCCAAGUUCCGCUACAGCGGCAGAACGCAGGCUCAGACCCGCCGGGCCAGCUCUCAAAUCAUCAGACCCGCUCCGCUCUUCGAACGCUCCUCCAGCAAACGCUACAACAUGUCCCGCAGCUUAGACGGAGCUCCCAUCACAGAGAACCACGACACUCUGAUGAAGGAUAGUUCCGCAGAUGGGACGGCCAAAAUCAUGGCCAAGGGAGACAUCAUCACCACGGUAACAACGGAGAAGAAAGCAGAGGAAGAGCAAGCGGAGCAGGAGGACGCAGCAGAGACGCCAGAGCUCGCUGCCUCGACGCAGCAGAGACACGACACAAAGUACUCCCAUCAUGCAUACACAAGCGACCCCCUCCGCUCUGAGCUCUCACUCCCCUCAUCUCCCGUUUCAUUAACCAAAGUGAGGCGGCGGCGCAGGGAGAACGCUCGUAAACGCGCCUCAUCGGUCAGUCCGGCCAAGAGCAGCAACGGGUGCCACCGCCGCCAAGCCCGCGCCGACCGCAGAGCCGCCUUGUUAGAGGAGCAGGCACUGCUACUGUCUGCCCGCAAGCAGAGGCUGGAGCAGGGCACGAGCCGUGGCGGCAUGCUCUUCUCCUUCUCCCUGCACCUGCCUGACCUGUCCUCCAUCCUGGACGAGGAUGGCUACAUCACCUUCCCCGACCUGUCAGAGAUGCGCUUCCUCCCCUGUUGUGCGCAGAAAUUUCUCCCCAUCAAGUCACCGUCACUCAUCCCCUGCUUCCUCUUCAUCUUCUUCUUCCUGCUCUCCACUUCCUUCUCCGUCCCCUACGCCCUCACUCUCUCCUUCCCCUUGGCACUGUGUCUCUGCUACCUGGAGCCUAAAGCAGCCUCCCUGACCGCCUCCAUAGCCCAGGGCUACCAUGACAGUUCAGAGGAAGAGGAGCAGACAGACAGCGAACAAACUGACUUUGCCUUUGAUGGAGAGAUGACCGCCACAGAGUCGGAAGCAGAGGACGACUCUGAGAUGCAGACUCAGUAUAGUUUCAUAAGACGAGUAACAGGGGAGAACGUGUUUAUCAGACAUAGUAAUCUGAUGUUAGAGGACACCGAGCCUCCGGUGGAGGUGGCCAAGCAUCAAACCAACAUCAGUGAACUCAAGCGCUCCUUCCUGGAGACGGGCGACAGCAAGCCGGGCCUGACGGAGUGGGAGAAGAGGCUCUCCUCCUCACCCUCCGCCCACUCGCCCCGAGCAGACGAAGCGCCCAUGAUAGAACCUCUGGAGCCGCAGGACACUAAAGACGAGGAGCCUGCUGGAGACGAGAGGAAACAGGAGGAGGAGGAGGAGGAGCCCAAAGCCACUGAGGCCACAGGAUAUCUGGUGAAGUACAUGGCGGAUAGUGUUGUAACGGAAGGUGCGACCUCCUCUGGGCCUCACGGGAUUAGUCUAUCAACCACUAUGGAUGAUGACGUCUUCAUCGAUGGGACCCUCAGGGAGGCGGAAGAGAAGACGCCCGACUCCCAGGAUGAGGUGUCUGAGAGGUCGAUGGUGAAGAUCAGCCCCAGAGCCGUCAGGCAGGAAGUGUCCCAGGCAAUCACUGACAAGAAAGGGACUCUGAUUAUCCUGAAAGACGACACGGAGGGCAAAAACACGGCUGUCCCUGGAGAGGACACAGAAGACACCGGUUUACUGUCUGCACCUAAAGACAAGGAAACUGUUAAAGAUGACAUUGCUGUUGUCGUCAAAGCCCAAAUGACAAAUGAAGUCAAGACUCCAAGUCUGAAGAUUGAUAUGAAACCUGAUGACAUGACUCUGUUUAAAGGCAUGGACUCGCCCAAAAAGGCCAUGGCGUCAUGGAUAUCGCAGGAGGUGAAGGUCGAGACAUCUGAGGUCACCUGUGUGUCUGCAAAGGAAGUCAGAGAGAUGAAGACGUGCGACGGCCUGCAGCACAAAGCCCAAAUCUUCACCUUUGAACAAAUGGCCCAGAGCAAAAAGUCAAAGUCCGACUCGACUCAGAACUCACUUUUUGAAUCUUCAGCUGCGUCUUUAGCCGUGUCUACGCUGGGAUGGGUCCCCUCCUCCCAAAAGACGUCGGCAGAGUCAGAGCAGAAGGAGACGGAGGCAGCGCCCGCCGAGUCAGCAGAGCCAGCGGGUGAACUCAGUGAGGGAGGAACCAAAGAGAUACCUGUGGUUCACACCGAGACCAAAACCAUCACCUAUGAGGCUGCAGAGGUUGACAGUAAUGGUGACGCAGACCCCGGCGUGUUGCUGAGCGCUCAGACCAUCACCUCAGAAACCACCAGCACCACGACAACCACUCACAUCACAAAGAUGGUGAAAGGAGGAAUAUCAGAGACGAGGAUUGAGAAGAGGAUUGUGAUCACGGGAGACGCAGACAUCGACCACGAUCAGGCUCUGGCUCAGGCCAUAAAGGAGGCUAAAGAACAGCAUCCUGACAUGUCAGUGACCAAAGUAGUGGUACAUAAAGAGACAGAGAUCACGCCAGAGGAGGGGGAGGACUGACCCAGGAGUAGCACUGCCGAGUGGCUCUUUCCGGGUUCAGCCUCCCACUACUCCGACAUCCCAGAUCUCCUCACAUCACACCAGGACUCUCAGAAGACGAGAAAAGCCUCCUCACUCUCCUAAAGCUGCAGCUCGCCGCCGGUCGCAACCAUCACCUGCAAUAUAAACCAGUGCAUUUAGUGCAUGAGAAGGACGCAACGUCGCAUUAGUACGAUUUUAAAAGAAAUGGUCCUUGAUCCGCCUGCACGCUGAAAACCCUGUGUGCAGCAUUGCUUUCACUGCCUUAUGACUCUGAAGCAUUUUUAUGAUUACUGAGAAUAAUUAUUGUAGCAAACCUUUUAUUUAUGAAAUAAAAAGCCAUCAGUCCAGAAAGUUUUAAAAUCGCCAUAGGCUGUAUAUGUUAAAGAGAGCAGACACUAUGUAACCCUCGCUUCACUCACUCCACAACCACAUGACUCUCCCUCCGCGAGGUACGUCACUCACAGCCCACAACUGUACAUAUCAGAGCUUUCCUAAGAAAACAGCAACUUUUCUGUCACAGUCAUGGUUUUUUUUUAAUGUCUACUUGAAUUCCUUUUUUUCUUCUUUUUUUUAAACGAUCAUUUCAGUAUUUUAUUGUUUCUCAUCAUCUGAUUCCACCACUGAAGGUCUUGGCAAACGCUGAGGACUUGAUGUGUCUGCGCAGGCCGGGGUUGUUGAUCGGCUGCAGCACACGUCCACCAGGUUUGUGUGACUGUGAGGAAAAAGGGUUCGGUUUGCCAAGCUCUGCCCAAAACCACAUGCAAAGCCAAAAAAAAAGGAUCUGUCAUCUACCCAAAACCACCCUCCUGAUCCUCUGUGUGCCUCCCUCGUGUUUCAUUGUAUCGUGAAUAUCGUUCAUGUACAGCCAUGUUUUCCUCAAAAAUGAAAUAAAAGUGGCAAACACA